UUCAGUCUUUCCAACCAAUAAAGAACGUUGGUUUCUUAUCAAAUCAGAUAUCAACUCAGAAUCACAAAAGAGCUUGAAAAAUGUCGGAAGAAACUUUGAAUUGGAACUGCGAAAUGGAAGUAAACUUAUUUCAUGCUCUUCGAAGCCACAAACCAGUUGGCGUAAAUAGACACUUUCACAUGGUCAGUAUUCAUGAAAAGUUAUCAAGUACUUACAAAAAGAUCACAGCAAAACAGAUAUGGGAUUACCUGAGUGAACUGUAUGACUUGAAUGCUCUGAAUGAGUCAGAGAUACUUCCAUUUCCAAACAAAGAGUUGGACUUCCAUCUGCCAGACACAGACUUUUCAGAGUUUAGAGAAAAAUCAUUUCCGCGUUUAAAUUUACCUAAACAAGAUGCAGAUAAACUUGAUGGGAAGGCUGAAAAAUCAGAAAAGCCUGAUAAACAUGAAAAACAAGAUAAAACAGAUAAACUUGAGAAGCACCAUGAAAAGCAUGAUAAACAUGAAAAACAGGAUAAGCACGAAAAACAGGAUAAACAUCAUGAAAAACAGGAUAAACAUCAUGAAAAACAGGAUAAACAUGAGAAAGGAUCAUCAAAGUCUUCGAAGUCAGAGAGUCGUAAUUCUACUGGAAUGCCAGUUAUGAAUACUCCAGACAACUCCCCAAAACGUAAACGAACUCGUCACACUCCAUCAUCAACAGCAAGUCCUGCCACACCAGAUGCCCCACCCCCAAAACGAAGAAGAUAACAAUGUGUGUGACAGUUACAUAUGUGUAAUCUUCACAGUGUGUUUACACAGAUUGACUUACAUUUUACAGAUACAUGGAGACGUGUUAAAACUAAUAUAGGCAUGGAUGUGCAGGCUGAUCUUGGUCAGCACUGGUCACAAAGACAAAACCACUUGCCACCAGCAGCUUUUUACAGAUUUUAUUAAACCACAAAUGGUCUGUUGGUCAAUACUGUACUUGCUUGGCAUGUUGUGCCAGUUUUAGGUUUUGUUUUUGAUGAAAAUAAUCAAGUUUAUCAAGUGGUAAAAGUGUAGUAUAUGACAUUAGUAAGUAGAAAAAGCAGUAAAUAUUACCUUACUUUAGUAAGUAGAAAAGAAAUGUACCUUUAGUUAAGGGUCUCUGUGGCUGUUACUGACAUGGAGUCACUUGCCCAUCCAGAUAUAUGUUAGAAACCUUGUGCAAGGUGUAUAUUUCUUCAUGUGGGUAAGCCAGCCCACUGAGUGCUACCCUUAUUUUAGGAUAUAGGAAGAGUACUACCCUUGCUUUAGUAAGUAGGAAAAGAACAUUGUCUUAACUUGAGCAGAUGAGAAGAGUUGUGCCUUUAUUUCAGUAAGUGAAAAAGAGUACUUCCUUAAGAACUGUUACAAGCGGGAAAAGCUUAUUACUUUAUUUUCAUUAGGGAAAACAGUUUUUCUUGAGUGGGGGGAAAAAAAGUACUACCUCAGCUUUAGUAAGUUAGAAAGGUACUUGGGGUAUUAACUGGCAUUGGAUUCUUGUGAAUAUUUCUGGAAAAUUUAUGCUGUCAUGUAUGACUGAUAAUAAAAUUUU